AUGUUAUCAGAGACAAAACGAGUUGAUAUUACCAAAGCGGCUGUUCACCCCAUAGUACUUCUAUCCAUAGCUGAUCAUCACAACCGUGUUGUUACACAGCGCCAAAAACGUGUGAUUGGAAUUUUGUUAGGUGACAUUUAUAAAGGACAAGCAAAUAUAUUCCAAUGUUUCGGUGUCCCAUUUGAAGAAGAUAGCGAAGAUCCAUCUGUUUGGUAUUUUGAUACAAACUUUAUUGAAGAAAUGUAUUCUUUACACAAAAAAGUAACACUUAAAGAAAAAAUAAUUGGUUGGUACAGUUCUUUAGCAACAGUAUCUCCCAACGAUCUUGAAAUUCAUAGAAAAAUGUGUGAUUAUUGUCCUGACCCAAUAUUUUUAACUACAGAUGUUGGAGCUUCAGAUCCACACGAAAUCCCAGCAUGCGCAUUUCUUGGAGCUGAAAGAGUUCGCAAAGAUGGCCAACCAAUUGUUACUUCUUUUAGAAAUAUUCCUACAACUGUUGAAUUUUUAGAAGUUGAGGAAAUCGGUGUCGAGCACCUUCUUAGAGAUAUUAAAGAUGUAGAUAUGUCUGCAAUUGGUUGUACACUUACAAAUAGUAUUCAUGGCUUAGCAGCUCUUGAGCAUCGCUUGAGAGCUAUCUCACAAUACCUAGGAGAUGUUAUAGAUGGAAAAUUACAAAUUGAUAAUGAAAUUCUUGGCGUUAUUCAAUCUAUUUUCAAUUUAUUACCUAAUUUCGAACUUAAAGAAACAGUAGACUCAUUAAAUACAAAAGCAGAUGACGCAACAUUUAUGAUCUUUAUUUCGCAGCUCUGCAGAAGCGUUGUUUCUUUACAUGAAUUAGUUAAUGGAAGACAUCCACCUUUAGCUGCUACAGAUCCAACUCCGCCAACUCCGGAUCAGAUUACUGAUGAAUCUAUUGAUUAUUAUAAUGUUUUUUAA